AUGUAUAUAGUACCGCAGCCGAUGGAUAAACCGCAGCCGAUGCUGUACGUGAUCAAGAACUACAUUGCUGGAACGGAUGUUACUAAGAAACUGUCUUCUGCCAAGACGGUCUACACUCUUGACGUCAAUUGCACGGACCGAUACGGUGCGGGAGAAGUGAAAACGUUCACUAUCAAUGUUGCGCUGAACCAACCACCAGUACUUCAGCAGCUCCACGGCAUGGUCUCUCGCAGUGUUGAUCAGUCGUCGAUGUUCAGUGGAAGCACGCUGAUUACGGAACAAGCGCUCGACGCGGAAGGUGAUACCCUGACGUACACUUGUUAUGUGAACAACUCCAAUGUACCGCUGAAAUGCUUCGUCGAAUCGGACACCCUCCUGGUUAAGCUACGGCGUAACGUCAGCAUUUCCGGGGAAAACGGAGCUGUAUACAGCAUGCAAGUUUGUGUUGGUGACGCUAAACAUCCCCUUGCUGAUUGCGGGACCCUUCAAUUGACCUUCACAACACAUCACUCCUACCCGUCCAUCAGCAAUCUUCCGGCGGAAGUCGAAGUACCGGAAGACGCUGCCAUUGGCUACACGGUGUUCACAGCCACUGUGGCCGACGCAGACAUUCCAGCUGAAGUCCAUACGUUGUUCUUAAACAAUACAUCUGCUGACACCAAGGGCUAUUUUGAAUUAGAUAGAAACGCGGGAACUAUAACGCUGCUGAAGACGCUCGACUAUGAGACCGAGAAGAGGUACACGUUGCGGCUGACAGUACAAGACCCUUACCUUGUCAAUCCAGAGUUGUUCAAGCUGAUUAUCAACGUGAAGGACGUGAAUGAGCAGAACUACUUGACGGCGAAGAAUCGUAGCAUCACUUUCAAGGAGACCGCGAAAGUUGGCCGAAUCUUUCAUGCGGGGCUGGAAUGCACUGACCUAGAUGAGAAAGAUACCCAAACCAUCACAAUAGCCGGAGGCAUCCAUGCAGAAUAUUUUCAAUAUAACUCAACAAAUAAAAAAAUAUACCUUGCCAAAGAAUGGGACCUUGACGACAGCGUCGCAAAUCUUCCUAGCACUACGACUUUAACCGUACGUUGCACGGACAACGCUAUGCACACGUCUGACGUCGAUAUAGUUUUCAAUAUCGAGGACGUCAAUGAUCAGAAACCGUCAUUUAUACUUGACCCAUCAAUCAGCAACAAUACUCUGUCAGACGGAUCGGUUCCUAUCAAGAUUGACUCGUCAAAAGGUCCAAGUGAGCCUCUUUUAACAGUGACAUGUGCAGAUGACGAAUCGGGUGACCACGGCGAAUGCGCAUUCAGUAUCCUUGGCAACGGUCUAGGCAGACGAUACUUCGAGUUGCGAUCUGUGACGACCGCGGGGCGACGUAAACGAGCUGGAGUGAAAAAUUCGGCCACAUUGUAUCUGAGGGAGGAGAUGAAGUUGAAUUACAACAAGAAUUUUCAAUUCUAUGUCAAAAUUACAGACGGCGGCUCGCCUCCCCAGUUCACCACCGUGAUGUUGACAGCCAACUACACGGCUACGGUUAACCCUCCAAAGGCUGCAAAUAGCACCACGUGCCCAGGGUCAUCGGGCUGCACCACCCUCUAUGCGAUACUCGCCAUAGAGCUGGCGAUGGUUGCGGGUUUGAGCGUCCACGCCGUGUAUGCCUGUUUCUUCUCCAACAAGAAUAAGAUCGACCACUUGCAAGAAGCCUUAUCUAAAGACAUAAACUGGAGAACAGCUUUCAAAUCCAAACAGCAGAUGACUACGUUCAUGUACGGGAAAACCAUUCCGGGGAAGCCACAACAAGGAAAGAGCUUUAAUGGACAGAACACUGUUAUGCCUGGCCCUAGCACUAGCAGCAUGACUAGACGGGAGUACAGCAUAAGUAGCAGCAGCAGCGAAACUAGUUCUGAUGAAGAUGAAAGGAUACGUCCAGCACCUCGCCAAGUGCCUUCGCGAUCACAGUUCAGGAUGCAAGCACCACUCGGCCCCAAUAGAGACCCCAUGCAGAUGAGACACGUUUAUUCAAACAACACUCGUGCCAAUCUGGUGAAUGCAACCUCUGCGUCAGCUGCCCUGUUUCCGAGGGAUAGCGCAACCGGCCUUCCCUCGCCGAUCUAUUCCUCGGAUAUGAGCUUUAGAAACUGAACAGGACUUGAUUGAACUACGGACUUUAAUCCUAUUAAUGCCUAGCGUCUAGACAAAAAGGCCUUUGCAAACAGCGUAGACCCAGAUGAGACGCCGCAUGAUGCGGCGUCUCAUCAGGGUCUGCGCUGUUUGCUUAAAGGAAUUUCUGUAAUAAAUAUUCUAAAUAUUGAAAUAUUUAUACUAGACAGCACUGAUUUUGGAAAUAAAUUGAUCCAAUUUAAAAGGAUGGGAGAGUCAACUAGGCUUAAAUGGGUUACAAUCGCGUAAAUUUAUACAUGAAGAUAUAUGUAAUAUAAUAUAAUUUGUACAUAGAAUCAUUGCUCAAAAUGUUAUGUAAAUGUGUAAGUUGAGAAGACAAGACAUUGUGAUUGAUAUAAAUUUAUGUAAUCUUAAAAAUAUAAGCAUUAACUAUAUUAAUGAUUCCAUGAUACAUUUAUAAGGUCGAUUUUAUUUUUAAACUUGAUGAUUUUCCAUGCCGGUCGUAUAAGUGUAGAUGUAAAUAAAAUGUUUGUUUCAGUUUGAUGUUAUUUUAUGUCAUUUAUAUAUUUAUAGAUUGUAAAUUUAUUUAUUAAUAUUUUUAAGACAAUAAUGUUGCUAAGAAAAAAUGCUGUAGCAGUAUCAGACAAUUAAACACGAGAAGAGUUAAUGUAUUGUUUAAUUAUUACAAAUUAGUCUUUAUUGUAAAUAAUGCACUUUUGCAUAAUGUUUUAUUUGAAA